CUUAAACUCAAUUAUUAUUAUGAUUAAUAAUUAUAUUAUUCUAUAAAGUGGCUUUUUCUGUGGUUUAAUCAUUAUUCUGACUCCUAAUUUUUCCUCUCUGAUUUCAUUUUUAUUCUCUAUUUCAUUUUUAUUCACAAUUUCGGUGGCGUGAUAAGAGAAAUAAAUAGUGGUGAGGAAAAAUCGAAAGAAAAGCCAAAACUUAGGGAUUUCGAUUUUGGUUUUGUUGCAUUUGAAUUUUGAAUCAAAUUAUCUUCACAAACAAACGCUCACGUUAUUGUGAAGUAGAAGCAAAACGCGAGGCUCUGAAUUUUGAAUUAACUUUUAAGCCUCACUUUCUACGUUUGCUUUUUCGUUCAGCAUUUUCUUAUUCGCUUCUUCAACUACUGUUUUGGUUCUGAAUUUCGUCCACGAUUUGUUCAUUCAUCGUUUUGCUGGUGAUGGACAUGAUUUGGAUUUCUAAUGUCUCUCUUCAUGGGUAAUGAUAUUUGUCAAGUUUCACAGUGCAGAGAGCAAGGAUGGACAUUGUUGCUCUUUUAACUUCAGCUGGAAUUAAUAUUGCUGUGUGUGCGGUGCUCUUUUCACUUUAUUCUGUACUAAGAAAACAGCCCAGCAAUGUUAAUGUGUACUUUGGACGGAGAGUAGAAUCUCAUCGUUCACGACACCCUGAUUUCUGGCUGGAAAGAUUUGUUCCCUCUCCUGGCUGGAUAUUAAAAGCAUGGGGAGUAUCCGAGAAUGAGAUAUUAGAUAUUGGUGGCUUGGAUGCCGUAGUUUUUGUAAGGAUACUUGUGUUCAGUAUUCGAGUUUUUUCCAUUGCUGCUGUCAUCUGCACUGUUCUAGUGCUUCCUGUGAAUUACUAUGGUAGAGAAAGAAAUCAUAAGAAUAUACCUUUGGAGUCAUUGGAAGUUUUUACCAUUGAAAAUGUCAAAACAGGUUCAAGAUUGCUUUGGGCUCAUUGUCUUGCAUUAUACAUCAUUACACUUGCAGCUUGCACUCUUCUUUACUUUGAAUACAAGAGUAUUACUAAGUUGAAGCUACUUCAUAUUAUUGGAUCUCCUCCAAGACCAAGUCAUUUUACUAUUAUUGUCCGAUCAAUUCCUUGGUCUGCAGAGGAAUCAUACUGUGACACAGUGAACAAGUUCUUCUCAUAUUACCAUGCAUCAACAUAUUUGUCUCACCAAAUAAUUUAUAAGUCUGGCAAAGUCCAGAAAUUGAAGGACGAGGCUGAACAUUUCUGCAAGGUAGUUAAGGACGCUUCAUCGGAAAAGACUUGUAAAGCAACUUUUGUGCCAUGUUGCUGUUUGACUUCCACAGAUUCUUUUAAGAUGGAUUCUAAUGAGAUGGGUAGUGUUCAAGGGGGAACAUGCUACACUGACAUAGAUACAAAGAAAAAGGAACUCCCAGCUGCUUUUGUGUUCUUUAAAAGUCGGUAUGCUGCUCUUAUGGCUUCACAGACUCUGCAAACAUCAAAUCCUAUGUUAUGGGUGACAGACUUGGCUCCUGAACCAAAUGAUGUUCACUGGUCUAAUAUUCGUGUACAAUAUAGGCAAAUUUGGAUCCGUAGAAUGGCUACAUUUGCGGCUUCGAUUGCAUUCAUGCUUGUGUUCCUCAUCCCUGUUACACUAGUACAAGGAUUGACUCAACUAGACAAGCUUCAGAAAAUGUUCCCUUUUCUGGCAGGGGUACUUAAAGAGCCAUAUGUGAUUCAGCUGGUGACGGGUUACCUACCAAGUGUGAUAUUGGUUUUAUUUUUGUGCGCAGUUCCACCUAUGAUGAUUUUUUUUUCAACAGUUGAGGGUCCUAUUUCCCGCAGUAGAAGGAAGAAAAGUGCAUGUUGGAAAGUUUUGUACUUCUCAAUCUGGAAUGUGUUUUUCGUUAAUGUUUUCACUGGUUCUGUUAUCAGUCAACUUUCAGUCUUUUCUAGCAUAAAAGACUUGCCUGGACAACUUGCCAAAGCUGUGCCAUCUCAGGCUACCUUCUUCACAACUUAUAUUUUAUCAUCUGGUUGGGCAAGUUUGGGAUUUGAACUUCUGCAAAUUUGUCCUCUUUUAUAUAAUCUAUUCCAGAGAUUCCUACUCAGAGUUAAGGAUGAUACACUUAUUGGCAUAACUUUUCCAUACCAUACAGAAGUUCCAAGGGUAUUACUAUUUGGAUUUCUUGGGUUUACCUGUUCUAUUCUGGCACCUCUAAUGCUUCCCUUCUUAUUGAUCUACUUUUUCCUUGCUUACCUAGUUUACCGAAAUCAGAUUUUGAAUGUGUAUAUUACAAAAUACGAUAGUGGGGGACAAUACUGGCCUAUCGCUCACAACACAACAGUCUUUUCGUUGUUAGUUGCUCAAUUUAUUGCACUUGGGGUGUUCGGAAUAAAACGCUCGACAGUUGCAUCUGGAUUUACCAUUCCCUUGAUCAUUAUCACCCUUCUUUUUCAUCAGUAUUGUAGGCAUCGAUUUCUCCCAGUAUUUAAAAGCUAUUCAACACAGAUUCUUGUUGAUAUGGAUAGGAAAGAUGAAGAUAGUGGCAACAUGGAAGGGAUUUAUGAACAAUUGCGUUCCGCAUACAUCCAACCCACUUUAGUGUCGCAAGCCCCAAGCCCAUCCGAAUCCACCAGCCCACAAGACGACAAGCAGUCAUCUGAGAUUUCAGUAGAUAUCGAGAAAGGCAAAGCAGUUGAUCAACAACAUAGACCAGAACCUGUCCAUCGCACAUUGAGUUCGAGCUCAGAUAAAUCAGUACUUAGUGGAGAUCAAACGAGUGAUCCGGCUUGUACAUUGAAUAAGAAUAUUCUUAAUGCGCCCCAUCCAUCACUUGAACAUUUAAUUAAUGAUGGAUUAUGAUGGUCUCUUGAUUCA